UGUACUAACCAAAGAGUCCAAGAUCACUAUUUUAUGGAGAAAGAGAGUAAAAGAAAAGCCAAUCUUUUUCAAAAAAACAAAAAAAAUUAGAGGAAAGUCUUGUACGUUUACUCGUUUGUUGUUGUUGGUCUUCUAGAGUGAAGUAAUUUUCAUGUGCCCUUUUUUCCCAUGUUUAUCUCCCCCUUUUUGACAAAAUUCUACCUCUUUCUUUCAAUAUUCUCUCUUUCAGUUGUGCACCCAUUUCUUCCGCCGAUCUCAGUGUGAUGGAAGCUAAAAAUGGAGGAAAAAGUGAUUUGUACGGACCUUUAGUGAAUGAAAUGAAGGGUGUAGGAAAGAGAGCAUUAGAAUGGGAUUUGAAUGAUUGGAAAUGGGAUGGUGAUCGUUUGAUUGCGAGUUCGUUGAAUCCUGCACCAUUGGAUUGUAGGAGUAAGCAGCUUUUCCCCCUUGGGCCGGAACCUGGGGCGAACUCGAAUGUUGCAAACGGGUCAUUUUGUUCCAAGGAUGUUGACAAAACUAAUGAGAAGGGGAAGAGGGAAAUGGAGAAGAGGAGGAGGGUUGUGGUUGUUCCGGAGGAAAACGAGUUUAGUGAUGCUGAGCCACUUAAUUUGAAGUUGGGUGAGCAGGUUUAUUCUAUAGUAGAGUGUGAGGUUGAUAAAUUGGAAGGGAAGAGUGUUAAGAAGAGUAAGUCGGCUGGAACUUCGCAACCUGUCUGUCAGGUUGAAGGUUGUAGGGCUGAUCUUAGUAAUGCCAAGGAUUACCAUAGACGUCAUAAAGUUUGCGAGGUGCACUCUAAGGCUGGUGAGGCUUUGGUAGGAAAUUUCAUGCAACGGUUUUGUCAGCAGUGUAGCAGGUUCCAUGCUCUACAAGAAUUUGAUGAAGGGAAGAGAAGCUGUCGUAGGCGUCUUGCUGGGCAUAAUAAGAGAAGAAGGAAAACACUUGCUGAUAGUUCUCCGAAUGUUGGCUCCAUGGCUGAUGAAAGGAGUGCUAGCCACCUACUAAUUAGUUUGCUGAGAAUAUUGUCUAAUCUGCAUACAAAUGCUUCCAAUGAGUCAAAAGAGCAGGAUCUGAUUUCUCAUCUUUUGAGGAAUCUUGCUAGUCAAGUUGAUGGAAGCAACUUGCCUAAUUUACAGCAAGGAUCCCAGAGUUUACUGAAUGCAGGAAUAUCUGUUGGAAUUCCAGAAAAGAAUCCUUCAAGAGCUCAAGAAUCAUCUCAUGAUGUACCUUCAUCAGAGGCAAAGCUUGGAUUAUUGACGAGGGAGCAUCAGCAUGAGACACAACAAACUCCCACAUCCCAACCAGGUGUCUACCAAGCAGCUGGCGGCUCUAUACCAGCAAAAGGCAGUGUGCAAGAGGCUUACCUUGGGAGACACAGGCUCAGUAACAUUGACUUGAAUAAUGUUUAUAAUGACUCAGAAGAAUGUACAGAUGAUCUGGAAAAGGGACAAGGUACUGAUGCCUGCUCAUUAAGGCCAGAACUACAUUUACAGAAAUCGAGUCCUCCUCAAACAAGUGGAAACUCGGAUUCAACUUCUGGUCGUUGCAGUUCUAGUGGCAGUGAAACACAGGGCCGCACUGAUCGGAUUGUUUUCAAGCUUUUUGGUAAGAAUCCAAAUGAGUUGCCUCAUCUAUUGCGAACACAGAUCCUUAAUUGGUUAUCUCGCAGUCCUACUAACAUUGAGGGGUACAUUAGGCCUGGCUGUAUUGUUUUGACAAUAUAUCUCCGUUUGAACAAGUCUUUAUGGGAGGAGCUCUGCUUUGACAUGAGCUCCAGUUUGAGUAGGCUCUUGAGUAUGUCUGAUGACCCGUUUUGGAAGACAGGAUGGAUCUAUACCAGAGUUCAGCAACGUGCAGCGUUUAUCUGUGAUGGCCGAGUUCUUCUAGAUACACCUUUACCUUUUAAAAGUCGCCAGAGUCGAAUCUUAAGCAUCAGUCCUAUUGCGGUUCCUGCUGCUGAGACAGUGAAGCUAGUAGUUAAGGGUUCUAAUCUCUCUGGACCAUUUUCUAGGUUACUUUGUGCUAUAGAAGGGAAGUAUUUGGUCCAGGAGAGUUGUUAUUGCUUGGUGGAGGGAACUAAUGCUGCUUCUGAGCACGAUGGGAUCCAGUCUCUCAGCUUUAAUUGCUCUACACCAAAUGUUGCUGGGAGAGGAUUUAUUGAGGUGGAGGAUUACGGCCUCAGUGGUUGCUUUUUUCCGUUUAUAGUUGCGGAGCCUGAAAUUUGUUCUGAGAUUUGCAUGCUGGAAAGAGUAAUUGAGGUGGUUGGUACAGAUGAGCAUAUUGAUAGAGAAUAUGGCACAAACGAUGCAAGAAGUGACGCCUUAGACUUUAUACAUGAGAUUGGUUGGCUGCUUCAUACGAAUAGUUUGAGCUCAAAUCCAGGUCAAACUGAUCUCCACUUAGAGCUCUUCCCUUUCAGUCGAGUAAAGUGGCUGAUAGAGUUUUCAAUGGACCAUGAUUGGUGUGCUGUUCUAAGAAAACUUUUAGACUUCCUGUUUAGUGGAACUAUAGAUACAGGGAAUCACGCUUCUAUUGAACAUGCAUUGUCAGAUAUGACCCUCCUUCACACUGCUGUCCAAAGAAAUAACAGGCAAAUGGUGGAAUUUUUGUUAAGGUACAUACCCAAAAAGGUUAAAAAUACUUUAGUUUUGGAACAGAAGCAGCCAGAUUAUGGACCACCUAGCAGCUUCUUAUUUAGACCUGAUGUCACUGGCUCCAGCGGGUUGACGCCUCUGCACAUAGCCGCUAGUUGUGCAGGCUUUGAUAAUGUGUUAGAUGCCUUGCUUGAAGAUCCUGAAAUGGUUGGUAUUGCAGCUUGGGAAAACGCUCGAGACAGCACAGGGUUGACCCCUAAAGAUUAUGCUUGCCUGAGAGGUCACAACCAUUACAUCAGUUUGUUCCAGAUGAAAAUCAACAAAAACUCAUCUGGCAAACAUGUAAUACUGGAUGUCCUUGGAUUUUCCGACAUAGAAUCCAAGCAAAAGCAAUCUGAUAAACUCAGGUCUGCAGAGUUUGAUAGCUUAUACACUGAGAUGCUGCAAGUUCGUCAGAGUUGCAGACUCUGUGAGCAGAAGCUUGACUAUGGAUUUAGAGGAGCAACACUAACAUAUAGGCCAGCAGUGCUUUCGCUUGUUGCAAUCGCUGUAGUUUGUGUUUGUACGGCUCUGCUUUUCAAGAGCAUGCCUCGAGUUUGUUAUGUAUUCGAGCCAUUUAGGUGGGACUCGUUGAAAUAUGGAGCAAUGUAGGUAGCAUCUAGCUGUAUAGCGGUACAGAUUUUUCGCCUGCCUCGGAAAAAAUGUUCGGGGCGAGGGGCUGGCUGUUUCUGAAGAAGAGAGGGUAGCUAACUUAUCUAGUUUAUUGAGGUAUGUUAACUGAUGUGAAAUACACUCCUUGUAUAUGUCACCUUAUCUUUCGCCCUGUAUUUAUAAAGCGAAGAUAGAGAUCAAAUGUAUAACUCACAUAAAGUGUUACUGUGAAGGAUGAUUAUUUGUGAAUGUGAAUGUGAAUUGUGAAAGACUUGUAAA